AUGGAUACUUCUAUAGAACUUGGAACAAUUAUUGAUAGACAGAAGAAUCAUGGUAUCCACUUCCUUGUACUAGAGAAAGCAUUACGUAUGUAUGGUGGAGAUCAUAUUCACUCUGGUACCGUAGUAGGUAAACUGGAAGGGGAAAGAGAAAUAACCUUGGGCUUUGUUGAUUUACUACGUGAUGAUUAUAUUGAAAAAGACCGAAUUCGUGGUAUUUAUUUCACCCAAGAUUGGGUAUCUCUACCGGGUAUUCUUCCUGUGGCUUCAGGUGGUAUUCACGUUUGGCAUAUGCCUACUCUGACCGAGAUCUUUGGAGAUGACUUUGUACUACAGUUCGGUGGAGGAACUUUAGGACACCCUUGGGGUAAUGCACCGGGUGCUGUAGAAAAUCGAGUAGCCCUAGAAGCGUGUGUACAAGCGCGUAAUGAGAGACGUGAUCUUUCUCGUCAAGGUAAUGACAUUAUCCGUGAAGCUUGCAAAUGGAGCCCUGAGCUAGCAGUUGCUUGUGAAGUAUGGAAGGAAAUCAAAUUCGAAUUUGAAGCAAUGGAUACUUUAUAA